UCCAACAUGGAGGUCUGGUCCCGGUCCCACGUUGAACCUGGUCCGUUCGGGUCCAGGUCUGAGCGGUGAGUCCUGCAGGUUCCGGGUCCAGGUGGAUGGUUUCAGGGCUCUUUAGUCCUGUUGGUGUCUGAGGUCGGACUAACCCGUGCCGGGCCGUGCCGUGCCAGUGGUCCACAUGGAUCCCAGGCUGGUCUCCGGAGUCUACAGCCGGGUCAGCGGACUGCCUGCGCCGGUGUCUGCGCAUGUGCGACAGGAGCGGACUGUGGAGGACCGGAUCUACAGGGUGAGCACAGACUGGACCCAGACAGACCUGGUCCGAGGAUCCAGACUCACCUUCUCCCAGCAGUGGACUGUGAUCACAGAGGAGGACCACAGCAUCAGGACCGUCCUCCCCCCAGGACCAGCUGUCCCCGGGUCCGGAGAGUUACUAAAGCGGGUCUCUCCUCUCCGAGGCCUGAAGGCGGUUGUCAGGGAAACGGGCGGUCAUCAGCUCCUGGAGGUCUGGGACGACCACGGCCUCAGGAGGUGUGUGGACCUCAGCGUCCUCAACAAACAUGGACGAGUCUAUGACGACGCUCAGUUUGGUUGUCUGUCGUGGUCGGACUGUGAGAACAAACUGCUGUACGUCGCAGAGAAGAAGAACGUGUCAUCAGGACCUGACGGUGAAUCUGCAUCUGGGAAGGACCGUAGUGUGUAUUGUGAGGACUGGGGUGAAGCUCUGUCCAAUCACAGCCUUCCUGUCCUCUGCGUGGUGGAUCUGCACAGCGGUGACGUCAGCGUCCUGCAGGGCGUCCCUCCUGACGUCUCACCGGGACAGGCUCUGUGGGCUCCUGGAGGUCAGGGGCUGUUUUUCAUCGGGUGGUACCAUGAACCCUUCAGACUGGGACUGAAGUUCUGCUCCAACAGGAGGUCUUCGUUGUUCCAGCUCCACUUGGACGGACACUGCGAGCGUCUGUCGGGGGACAACGUGGCGGUGUCGUGUCCACGCUUGAGUCCAGACGGAUCCACGUUGGUCUUCCUCCAGGGUCGAGUGUUUGGACCUCACAACCAGUGUCUCAGCAUCCAACAGAUGGAUCUGCAGACUGGGACGUUGUCCACUCUGGUGGACGUGGUCCACAGACCACAGGAUGGUGGCUUCGCAGGUGUGUAUGAAGCGCUGCCGUCCUGCUGUUGGUCUACAGACGCUCAUAGAAUUGUGUUCAGCAGCGCCUGCAGGAACUGGAAGGAGCUUUUCAUGGUCGACCGACGAACAAAGAAAAUCUCCUCCCUCUUUGAUAGUAAGAGUUCAUCCUCACCUCCUCCUCCUCCUCCUCCUCCUCCUCCUUCUUCUUCUCCUUCUUCUCCUCCUCCUUCCUGUCUGUCUUCAUCUUCUUCCCUUCUUUUCCCUCCUCCUCCUUCUCCCCAAUCUCCUCUUCCUCCUCCUCCUCCUUUUUCUCCUCCUCCUCCUCCUCCUCCUCCUUCCUGCUGGCCCUCCUGUCCUCUCCCGUCUCCUCUUCCUCCUCCUCCUCCCCCUUUUUCUCCUCCUCCUCCACUUCCCUCCUUUCCCUCUGACACUCACCUUCCUCCUCCUCCUCCUUGUCCUCCUCCUCUUCCUCCUCCUCAUCUUCAUCACCAGGAGCAUAAGCGAACACUGGAAGAUUUUCCUGAUCCUGUGAAGGUUUACGGCAGCUGGAAACUGUUAACGGUCCAGGACGACCUGAUGGUGGUCUGCUGCUCCAGCCCCAACACCCCACCCACCCUGAGGGUGGGUUUCCUUCCGUCGGUGGGCGAGGCCGUGGCGUGGCGGACUCUGCAGGACCCGGUGGUCACCUUUGAUUUCAGCUGGACCAUUCUGGACAUCAGACCUUCAGCAGAAGAAGAAAACACACAGUACUCUGGGCUGGACUUCGGGGCGGUUCUGGUCAAACCGGUGAACCCCCUUCAGGCUAGACUCCCCCUGGUGGUCUUCAUCCACGGCGGUCCUCACUCCCAGUUCCCUGCAGAAUGGAACAGCACCACGGCCGGACUGGUCAGACUGGGCCUGGCGGUGCUCAUGGUCAACUACAGAGGAUCCACAGGCUUCGGCCAGGACGCCAUCCUGUCUCUGAUUGGUCGCAUCGGAACCCAGGACGUCAAAGAUGUGCAGAGGGCUGUGCUCACUGCGCUGCAGACCGACUCGACCCUUGACCCUGAGCGUUUGGCCGUGUUGGGAGGUUCCCACGGCGGCUUCCUGUCCUGUCACCUGAUUGGCCAGUACCCAGAGUUCUACAGAGCAUGUGCAGCCCGGAACCCGGUCAUUAACGCAGCCACUUUACUGGGAACCAGUGACAUCGUAGACUGGCGUUACACCAGCGUGGGUCUGGAGUACUCGUACGACCGGACGCCGACCGCCGACGCCCUGGGCGCCAUGUUGGAGCGGUCACCCAUCACACACGCUGCUCAGGUCCGAGCUGCUGUCCUGCUGAUGCUCGGAGGCAGAGACAGACGAGUUAGUCCUCACCAGGGUCUGGAGUUUUACCGAGCGUUGAAGAGCAGAGGAUCGACCGUCAGGUUGCUGUGGUUUCCAGAGGACGGUCACUCUCUGUCCAGAGUGGACACUCAGGCCGACUGCUUCAUCAACACAGCGCUGUGGCUGCAGGAGCAUCUGUGAACGCACCACACACAGGAGCGUCUGUGAACGCACCACACACAGGAGCGUCUGUGAACGCACCACACACAGGAGCGUCUGUGAACGCACCACACACAGGAGCGUCUGUGAACGCACCACACACAGGAGCGUCUGUGAACCCACCACAGGAGUGUCUGUG